AUGUCUAUAAACACAGAUUCAAAUUGUCUUAAUAUCAAAGCAAACAUAUUUGAACAUUUCAUCUUACCUUCAAAAUUAAAUCCUUAAAUUCUAAAUCAAAUUAAUACUCCAAAUAUUACUUUUGAAUAAUUUAAAGACCUUACAUCAAAAUAUAUGUCAUCAAUUAUUGAUUGUGAAAUAAUUUACACAUUCUUCUAAUUAGCCUUAGAAAAUCAACCAAUAAUAGAACGUAAGCCUGUUGAUAUAAAACAAUUAAACUUAUUUUUACAAUUGCAAAAUUUUAAUCAUGUAGGAAGACAUUCAAUUUUUGAAAAUAUCAAUAUAAAUGAUGUAAAAUAUUAGGAAAGAUAAAGAUAAACAAUGAAUUCUUAUUCACCAGUAAAUUCUCCAAGAGCUAAAACUACGAGAGUCUAAUCUACAUAAAAUGAUACAUAAUAACUUAUUUUAUAUGUAAAAUAAAACAUCAAAGAUUGGAUACAUUUAAUAUCAUCUAAUGCAGAUACUAUUACAAGUUAAGAAUUUAAUUUAUUAAGUUUGAUAUUUAGUAAUGAAUAAAAAAAUAUAAGUUAAUUAAUUUUUGAUCGCCAAUAAAGAUUAGGCAAAUAAAUUGUUUCAGAUUGGAUUUAAAAAAAUGUUUAAUGUCCUGAAUUUUGUAUUUAUUUUAUAAAUAAACAUAGCUUCUGUAAUUUGUGGUUUUGUAAAGUCAGUCACAAUAAAAAGUAAUGUUGGAUAAGAUCUUAAAAUCACAUAAUGUGAGGAUUCAUAAAUUUAUAUUGAUUGUGCUGUAAACACUCUUUCAAUAAGUUAAUGCAAUAAUUGUUAAAUAUAUGUUGCUUCAGUUCGUAUGAUAACUAGUAUUGUAUCUUGUGAAAAGACUAUCAUUUGUGUCUCAUCUAAUUAUAUUAAAAUUAGUAACACGAUAGAUUCAACAAUACAUUAUUAUGGAUCAUAUCCACCUAUCAUUUAUGGAGACUGUAGAUCGAUUAUAUUAGCACCAAAUAAUUCAAAUACAGAAAAAACUUUUUAAAAUUUAAGAGAUGCAUAGAUUCCUAUUAAUAAGAGUUGUAGAGAUAAAUAUUAAAAACCUAUCAUUAUUGGAUAAAAUAGAAUUGACUGGCUAAUUUAAUCAAUUGAUGAAUUCAGCAAAUUUAUUUUACCAGAAUAGCAUUUUAGUUCAAUUGAUGCAUCAUUAAUUCUUAAUUGUAAUUUUGAUAUUGAUAAAAUGGCUAAAGAAAUUACAGAAAAGAAAAUCUUAACACAACCUAUCAAUUAUGAUAAGUAUAAUCAAUAUUAUUAAUUAAGAGAAUUGUUCUACCAUUAUUAGCACCCCCAGAAUAUAUUAAAGCUGUUUAUGAAAGAUAUCAAUUAUUUGCAGGAAUUCAAGCAUAAAUUAAAUAAGCCAAUUUAAAAGAUGAUAAUUCAAAACUAUUACAAAAUGCAAUACAAGGAAAUUUUAGAGAGUGGCUUAUAUCAACAGGCUCUAUUAAAGGAAUCAGUGAUUUAGUUAAAUUAAUAGAUUCUGAAUAGUGA